GGGCAGCAUGGUACUUUGUAUUUAUGUUAUUUAAAUUAUUCUCAUACGAAUGUGAAGAACGUCAGUUCUUAUGUGCGGUAUUAUUUAUUGUUAAAGGGUGGAAAAUAUGAAUGGAUAGGCUAUUUAUUCAACCAAUUAGGAUGCAUAUAGUAAAGUAAAUGUGUGACAUUUUAUAGAAAUAUUUGACUUCUGAAUGUUUCGGUGUUUGGAAAAAUAAUACUUUAUCAAGUUCCAUACCAUCAAAUAUUUUGUUCAAAUCAUAAAGUUAUUAUACAGAAUAGAGACAACAGCGUCACCCCGUGGGGCUCCGGGGUUGUGUAUGUGUGGAUGAUUAAAUGCAUAAAAACAGCCUCUAAAUGUAGGUCCGUUUUGUGUUUGUCCUCUGGUUGGUAAAAAUCACACUUGCCAUUAUGAAAGCUUUAGUGUUUUGGCCCUUGCUUUCUCGUGAUAAGGUCGUCGGGCUGAAGAAUGAUAUGUAAUAGAAAUCACCUCAAGUGGAGCACCCUGCUUUAACUGACCAAUCCGCUGAGAUCAGCGAAUCAGCGCAGGACCACGCCAACCUGCCGCAAAGCACGCUGGGACUUCCUUUCUUUCCGAGGCCAUAUUGGAGCAACAGACUUGUUGGCCAGAACGGAGUAAAUCGCAGCUAUGGUGGCCGCCAAGAAGACGAAAAAGUCCCUGGAGUCCAUCAACUCCCGUCUCCAGCUGGUGAUGAAGAGCGGCAAAUAUGUUCUGGGAUACAAGCAGUCUCAGAAGAUGAUCCGCCAGGGAAAAGCCAAGCUGGUCAUCCUGGCCAACAACACACCUGCUCUCAGGAAGUCUGAAGUGGAGUACUAUGCCAUGUUGGCCAAGACUGGCGUCCAUCACUACAGUGGGAACAACAUCGAGCUGGGCACGGCCUGUGGAAAGUACUUCAGGGUGUGCACACUGGCUAUCAUCGACCCCGGUGAUUCUGACAUCAUCAGGAGUAUGCCAGACCAACCGCAAGGGGAGAAGUAGACAUUUCACACUCAAUGUUAAAAAAUAAACUGUUUUCUAUGGUC